AUUGCUCCUCCAGCUGAGCUGAUGGGUUUCCUCUUCUCUGAGGGCAUAAAAAUGUGAGAGGCUGCUGCUGUCUGUCCUCUCUGUUUACCUAUCGCUUUAUUUCGUCUUUCCUCCAGCUCACCGAAAGGCUAUCUCAUUUUUGCUUUUGACUCUAAAUGUGCAGCCUUCCCACCCAAGUCAUCCUAACGAUCUGAAUCGCAGCAAACAAACUCACUCACCGGCAGAGACGCAUGAGAGAGACUAAGAUCAUGGUUCAGCUGUCACCAUCUCGGACUAUAGAGACGUUGACUCCCUCAGAGUUGACCGUGGAGAAGGAGGAUGGCCUGGACAGCCCUAAAUCCGGGUCCCCUCGAGUGCUCACCGCCCUCCAGCUCGCCCUUAACCCGGCCGCGACCACCUACUACGGCUACGAGAAGUACAUCGAGGACGGCCUCAUCUGCCUCAAGCACAAGAUCCGUAACAUUGAGAAAAAGAAGCUGAAACUGGAAAGCUACAAUGAGAGGCUGGAAAAGGGGGAAAAACUAAAUAAAGACCAACUGGAUGCUGUGGGGAAGUAUGAGGAGGUCAUCCACAAUCUUACAUUUGCCAAAGAGCUCCAGAAGACCAUUAGUGCCCUCACACAAGAUUUGUUGAAGGCUCAGCGGAAGGUUGUUCGCCAAGAGAAGAUCAUGAGGAUCGAACAAGAGAGGAAGCGUCUGAGCUUGAUUCUCCAGGUGCAAUACGUCCUCCACAGUCUGCAGAGAGAGGACGUCCGGAGGAACUUCUGCAACGCCAGACAACAUUCCCGUCACCUGACCACAAAGGACACACAGAGUUUGCUGGAUCUGGCAUCAUUAUUGGGAUGCAAACGAGACCAUAAGAUGAGUUUAGAGGAUCAGAUGGAACAGGCUGCUAUUGUUUACUCUGAGCUGCUGGAAGGGAAAGAAAGACCAGUUGCUGGCUCGACAUAUAAGCACAUGAAGGAGAAGCUACUUCAGCUAGUGGACUGUGGCUUUUUUGACCACCUACCACUUCCUAAAGUUGACAUUCAAGAGAAGACUGAGGCCGUAAAGGCUGACCCUCCAUCUAGGCCUUGUAACCUCUCCACACUGGUGAAGCUGAGCUCAAAAGAAGUGCCUCCCAAAGAGUUUCUUAACAGACGAUACCUACCUGAAACGAACGUCGCUGAGCGUAGACCGGAUGAGAAGGCUUCGCCCCGUAACUGGAAGGAUGACUUUUUGGCUAUGAAGGAAAGGGAGCCACCGGACUCAUGGGAAAUGGAGCUUUCUGAUCCUCCUGUAUCCUCUCAGUCCCCCAUACAGAAGCCAUGGAAAGGGGCAGCAGGAUUGAUUCCCAAGACUACAGACAUCCUUAAGAGACCCACGGUUGACCCCAAGGAGAAACGUCAAAAGAAGACCAAGGUGGAGCAGGACUCCAAAUCGACUCCUGUCGCAGUGGAAGUCUUUAGUUCUCCAUCUCCGUUACCACAAGACCCUGUUCAGCGUAAACAGCAGCUGGAGACUCUAAUGGACCAGAUCUCUGGCUCAUUCAGCUUCAUGCAGGAGUCUCAUCUGGAUGGAGAAACUUCACCUGUAAACGGUCGUGCAAAGAGAUGCCGUCCAUCUCCAGGCUGCUCUACUCCUCUUGCACAAAGGGAACUGCCAAAAAGCCCAUCAGAUAGUCUGCCUCCGUCCCAGCUGAGCACUCCUUUACAGAUCCUGCUGUCUGGCGAGGGUAAAGGCUGUCUGUCAAAUGGAGACCAUUCUAUAACCAGCUCUGACCUGGAUCUACACCAUGAAGAUAAGCCACAUAAGCAAAGUGAGGGCUUCACCUCUCCUCCACUGUACCGCAGGGGAUCCUCCAUCUCAGUCCCUCUAGAAAAUCAAGGCACUGUACAGGCAGGAAAGCAGAUGUUAUGCAAUGGAGUAUCAACCUCUGUGGUUGCGCAGACAUUUACAACCCCACCUAGUCACCGAUCCAUCAGUGCAGAAAACAACUUCCACAACAUCCACUCUGUGUUUAAUGUGGCAUCUUUGCCAAUCAGUGAGAGCUCGGGGAUGAAGUCGGAUGAGAGUGGGUUCUCUGAGUCUAUGCAUCUGAGUUACACGUCAGCCAAAACCCAGAGUUAUUCCACCGCCAGCACCCAGACGCCACCUGAACUCAACCUACCUGAAGAUGACCUACAGAUUGAAGGCCAGUACCAGCUGGAGUGUCCGGUCAGUACAGGUGGUCACGUAUUCUCUACCCCUCAGCCACAGUCUCGUCUGAGUCAGUCCUGCUACCCCCGUGGUACAGCGAGAGGUAUGACGCGUGCAGGCAGGGGUUUGGGUCACUCAUACAGAUCACCUGGUGGCUACAGAGGUGGUUAUGAGGCCUACAGAGUGAAUGUGCGUUCUCCAGGAGGGGGCUUCAUAUCCCAGACACACAGAGACCCUGGAUCUGCCUUUUAUGUGUCUAGAGAAAACGGGUAUCAGCAGAGCUUCAAACGAGGUGGAGGCACAGCAACUCAAAGGAGCAAUGCUGGUUGGAGUGACUCUUCUCAGGUGAGCAGCCCAGACCGGGAGGGUGCGUAUCCGCUCGACUCAGGAAUCAGUGACACUCUCUCCAUCCCGCCAAUGGAAGUGCCCAUCACACCCCAGGGCCCACACACUAUGAUGCCCGUACACGUGUACCCACUCAACCAACUGCGUGUGGCUUUCUCCGCCGCCCGCGCGGCCAACUUCGCCCCUGGCACUCUGGAUCAGCCGAUCGCCUUCGAACUGCUGCACACCAACCUCGGCGAAAUGUUCGACACGACCAGCGGCCGUUUCACCUGUCCUGCUGCCGGCACUUACGUCUUCAUCUUCCACAUCCUGAAGCUUGCCAUCAGCGUGCCCCUGUACAUCAACCUCAUGCGCAACGAAGAGGUGAUGGUGUCCGCGUAUGCCAAUGACGGCGCUCCGGACCACGAGACUGCCAGUAAUCACGCUGUCCUCCAGCUGUUCCAGGGUGACCAGGUGUGGCUGCGGCUUCACCGCGGCGCCAUCUACGGCAGCAGCUGGAAGUACAGCACUUUCUCUGGUUUCUUGCUGUACCAGGACUGAACAUCUCUCUAAAUGGCCACAAAAAGGGAGGAUGGGGCGUUUUGGAUGUUCUUUGAAAGCUACUCUGCACUUUAUUGCGCUUUUGGUUACGCAUGGUGCAACUGCAUGUUUGAAAGAUGUUCAAUAGUACAAAAGCCAGUGUUAAAGCUAAUGUAGGAUGUUUUGCUGGUGAACGUUUACAUGGGUUUACCUGGGUUGUUCUUUUUAUUUGAUUAUUAUCAUUAUUUAAUAUACUUAUAUUUUUUUCUUUCUUUCAGUGUUUUGAAAGUCUUUACUGUGUACUUGGGUGCACAAACCCGUAACCCAAAGUAGCUGUAUUGUGCACUAAACUGAAAUCAGUUCAGAAACGUCUUCUGGUGUUUGUUAGAUGGCCCUGUAUUCACUCCUGUUCAUUUUAGAUGAGAGGUUUCCCAGCCAUACGAAAGUCUGCAACAUGGUGCCUCUGUUUUUUGGGUCGUUGAACAAACGCAUCGCUUUGCAAGAAUGGAGGAUUUUCUUUUUCUUUCUGGUAAUACUUGACAUGUUGAGCACUUUAAAAUGACUUGGUGGCCUUGUUGAGGUUUUGGGUGUAUCUGUGCUAAUCUGCGUGUUUGUCUGUGGAAUACUGUGAGUGAAUCAGUUGAACACUGACUCCGCCUAGAAGGCGUUUAGGCCAAAAUUGCUCCCUCUUGUGCCUGAAAUAAAAAUGUGCAGUUCA